AUGACCAACCAGGAGAAGUGGGCCCACCUCAGCCCCUCAGAAUUUUCCCAACUUCAGAAAUAUGCUGAGUAUUCCACAAAGAAAUUAAAGGAUGUUCUUGAAGAAUUCCAUGGUAAUGGUGUGCUUGCAAAGUAUAAUCCUGAAGGGAAACAAGACAUUCUUAACCAAACAAUAGAUUUUGAAGGUUUCAAGCUAUUUAUGAAGACAUUCCUGGAAGCAGAGCUUCCUGAUGAUUUCACGGCACACCUUUUCAUGUCAUUUAGCAACAAAUUUCCUCAUUCUAGUCCAAUGGUAAAAAGUAAGCCAGCUCUCCUUUCAGGCGGUUUGAGAAUGAAUAAAGGUGCCAUGACCCCACCCCGUACUUCUCCUGCAAAUUCAUGUUCUCCAGAAGUAAUUCAUCUGAAGGACAUUGUCUGUUACCUGUCUCUCCUUGAAAGAGGAAGACCCGAGGAUAAACUUGAGUUUAUGUUUCGCCUCUAUGACACAGAUGGGAAUGGCUUCCUGGACAGCUCGGAACUAGAAAAUAUCAUCAGUCAGAUGAUGCAUGUCGCAGAGUACCUUGAAUGGGAUGUCACUGAACUUAAUCCAAUCCUCCAUGAAAUGAUGGAAGAAAUAGACUAUGAUCAUGAUGGAACAGUCUCUCUGGAGGAAUGGAUCCAAGGAGGAAUGACAACAAUUCCACUUCUUGUGCUCCUGGGCUUGGAAAAUAACGUGAAGGAUGACGGACAGCAUGUGUGGCGACUCAAACACUUUAACAAACCUGCCUACUGCAAUCUUUGCCUGAACAUGCUGAUUGGUGUGGGGAAGCAGGGCCUCUGCUGUUCCUUUUGCAAGUACACAGUGCAUGAGCGUUGUGUGGCUAGAGCGCCGCCUUCUUGCAUCAAGACGUAUGUGAAGUCCAAGAAGAACACUGAUGUCAUGCACCAUUACUGGGUUGAAGGUAACUGCCCAACCAAGUGUGAUAAGUGCCACAAGACGGUUAAAUGUUACCAGGGUCUGACAGGACUGCAUUGUGUUUGGUGUCAGAUCACACUGCAUAAUAAAUGUGCUUCUCAUCUCAAACCUGAAUGUGACUGCGGACCUCUGAAGGACCAUAUUUUACCACCCACAACAAUCUGUCCAGUAGUACUGCAGACUCUGUCCACUUCAGGAGUUUCAGUCCCUGAGGAAAGACAAGCAACAGUGAAAAAGGAAAAAGGUGGUUCCCAACAGUCAAAUAAAGUGACUGACAAAAACAAAAUGCAAAGAGCCAACUCCGUGACCGUGGAUGGCCAAGGCCUACAGAUUACUCCUGUUCCUGGUACUCAUCCACUUCUAGUUUUUGUGAACCCCAAAAGUGGUGGGAAACAAGGAGAAAGAAUUUACAGAAAAUUCCAGUAUCUACUAAAUCCUCGUCAGGUUUACAGUCUUUCUGGAAACGGACCGAUGCCAGGGUUAAACUUUUUCCGUGAUGUUCCUGAUUUCAGAGUGUUAGCCUGUGGUGGAGAUGGAACCGUGGGAUGGAUUUUGGACUGCAUAGAAAAGGCUAAUGUUGUCAAGCAUCCUCCAGUUGCUAUUCUGCCUCUUGGGACCGGCAAUGACUUAGCAAGAUGCCUGCGAUGGGGAGGAGGUUAUGAAGGUGAGAAUCUGAUGAAAAUCCUAAAAGACAUUGAAAACAGCACAGAAAUCAUGUUGGACAGGUGGAAGUUUGAAGUCAUACCUAAUGACAAAGAUGAGAAGGGAGACCCAGUGCCUUACAGUAUCAUCAAUAAUUACUUUUCCAUUGGCGUGGAUGCUUCCAUUGCACACAGAUUCCACAUCAUGAGAGAAAAACACCCAGAAAAAUUCAACAGUAGAAUGAAGAACAAAUUUUGGUAUUUUGAGUUUGGCACAUCUGAAACUUUCUCAGCCACCUGCAAGAAGCUACAUGAAUCUGUAGAAAUAGAAUGUGAUGGAGUACAAAUAGAUUUAAUAAACAUCUCUCUGGAAGGAAUUGCUAUUUUGAAUAUACCGAGCAUGCAUGGUGGAUCCAAUCUUUGGGGAGAGUCUAAGAAAAGACGAAGCCACCGCCGAAUAGAGAAAAAAGGGUCUGACAAAAGGACUACACUCACAGAUGCUAAGGAGUUGAAGUUUGCAAGUCAAGAUCUGAGUGAUCAGCUGCUAGAGGUAGUUGGCUUGGAAGGAGCCAUGGAGAUGGGACAAAUAUACACGGGACUGAAAAGUGCUGGGCGGCGGCUGGCUCAGUGCUCCUCUGUGGUCAUCAGGACUAGCAAGUCUCUGCCAAUGCAGAUUGAUGGGGAACCAUGGAUGCAGACCCCAUGCACGAUAAAAAUUACACACAAGAACCAAGCCCCAAUGCUGAUGGGUCCUCCUCCAAAAACUGGGCUGUUCUGCUCUCUCGUCAAAAGAACAAGAAACCGAAGCAAGGAAUAA